AUGGACCACGCACGCUUGAACGCAGGUCAGCCAAGUCCAUCCAAUUUCAGGAGCUCCCCCCGCUUGCCUCCGAGCUGCCUUUUUGCUUUCCAAAAUCCGUGCACCCCGCCAGAAGUUUGCUGACGAGUGAACUGACUGAGAGGUCCAAACCUCUGAAGCGAAUUUCAGAACACCGUCUCCUGUGGUGGUCCUGUUCUCACUUUCGCUCUCUGCCUUCAAACUGCAGCACAAAUUUCAGCUGUGCUCCAGAGAAGCUGCCACUCGCUUGCCAAUGCCCUGGCUUCUUGCUGGAUUUGACAUCCGGGACUAGCAGAAGACCACAGCGAGGAAGCUCACACCAACAUGGCUAGCUGCAAGGAUCUGUCUCUGAUGGUUCUGAGAACAGUUACUGGAGAAAUGUGACACUUUCUCCAGCUUCUGUUCGAUAAGGUUCCUUCGACGGAAGCAGCAGAGAUAGUCAUUAUAUCCAGCAACAAGUUUGGGAGUCUGUGGAAGUUCUUCAGGACUUCUAUGGGGAAUGUGGCAUUUUUAGCCUGUUGUUUGUCGAAAGUGGUCCGGGUGGUGCAUCCGAGUGGCAGAGUGUACAUAUACACUCAGCCUAUAACCAUCGCCGAGCUCUUGCUUGCUUAUCCUCAUCACUAUGUGUGUGACAGCCGAGGAACAACUCAGAAGGGUGCAAUGCUUCCUCUGGAAAUGGAGUUGCAGUUGGGACACACCUAUGUACUGGUGCCACUUCCUCGGCUCUUCAAUUAUUUGAAAGGUGGACAGCGGCCCCAACCCACGUCUUGUAUUCCGACGGGCCUCUGUCUUCAAGCAGGAUGUCAAGGAUUCCCAACGUUGUCACAUUCGGACGACGAGGACGAGCCGAAAGUUACCAGGAGGAGAAGGGGUCGAGUAACUCUGGGAUCUCUCCUCGCUUUAGAAUCACGUUGCACGGGGCUGAUCAAGCACAGUUACAAGGAUUCGAGUAAAAGUCCAAUCACCCUGCAUAUGCGGAGAAUUUUGGAAACUGCGGAGAUGCACUGGCGGUACAUAUGCCAGGAAAACAGAUCCUGGAGACCAGAGCUCGAGAGCAUCAAGGAGGAGGCAAGAAAGUCCUGCACUAGCUCGCCACAACAUGAACUAAGUCUCAUUGAUCACCAUCGACCAUUGAUAAGAGCAAGUCCCGGGAGCUCGUCGCUUAGACCGAAAGCUUGAUCGGUGAAAAGUGAGUUACAGCACACACUCAGUUAUUCGAAGCAUUCAAAGAGCUCCAGCUCCAGUCUCUACUAUUUGAACGAAGGCGGCUCAAGAUUGUGGGUUCAGAAUUCAGAGCAUCAGACGAAGGACAGGGAGCGCAGCAGCGGUACUAAAGAACACGUUUGUUUCCGAAGCUACUACAAUAUCCAAGAUAAAUUGUUCAGUAGGUUGUUCAAGUUGCAGCUGACCAAUCAAGCACAUGCUUUAGUGUAUAACUAGUAAUUAGUACCUAAGAUCCUAAUCCUCUAUGAUCGUCUGGUUAGUAUUUUGGACAUCAUAGACAUACAUUAAUAGUACGUUGGGAAGUUGAAAGAUGUACUUUCCAACCGCUGUUUUCAGUUACGAUUGAAGACUCUGUGCACAUGAUAUUCACUGCACUUUCGUACCUGUGUGUCGAAAAGAUUGGGAGAGUAACAAGUGGAAGAUGCGACGAGAAAAUGCCGGGAUUCGCAGGUGAAGAGAUUAUGAGAGUACUCGUAUGUUCUGCCGGAGAGGAUAAAUAUUUAGAAGAAUGUAGACUUUUCAAUUUACGCAGAAAUCAGUACAGAACCACACGUACGCUUCCUCCUCCUCCUCAUCACCAUCAGAAUGAGUCCACUUGGACGUGCGAGGGAUUCGAAAGUAUGUAACAUCCAGGUUAGUUCAAUACGCUCGUCUCAUCAAAUUACUUGAGUUUGAU